AUGGCUACUGAGGUGGAAAAAUCUCAGUUUGCCGUUCCCGAAGCGGAUACAAUUUUUGGAAAAAUACUUCGUAAAGAAAUCGAUUGCAAGUUUAUUUAUGAAGACGAUCAAUGUGUUGCUUUCAAUGAUAUAAAUCCGCAGGCGCCUGUUCAUUUCUUAGUGAUUCCUCGCAAACCAAUUAGUCAAUUAUCUAAAAGCCAAAUGGAAGAUGAACAACUUCUUGGUCAUUUAUUAUUUGUCGCUCAAAAAGUUGCGGCUCAAGUCGGAUUGAAAAAUGGUUUUAGAACUGUGAUCAAUGAUGGAAAAGAAGGAUGUCAAAGUGUUUAUCAUCUUCACAUUCACGUAUUAGGUGGUCGUCAAUUAUCUUGGCCUCCCGAUGAUCAGAAAGAUUUUUAUCAUGGUGAUAAAAAAGUUAAAAAAACAAUGGUUAAAAUCUGA